UGGAAUUACAGACAGAAGGGACCAUGCCUGUCUGAAUCAUAAAGGCUUUAACAAGGGUUGGGGUUUCCCUUGGGGCUAAAAGGAGGACAGUGUUGGGUUGAGGAGGCGUGUGUAGAGAGGAGCAGGAGGUGGGCUCUGAAGGAUGCUGCACUAAGAGGGGAUCUGUAACUUGAACCUAGCUGGAUACUGAUUAAGACUGGCCUCACUCUGGAUGACAUGGGUGUGGACAGAGGAGUAACACAAUUGAUGUCUGCUUUUAGAAGACUGGUCCAGCCAACAACAGGAGAACAAGAAGGGCAAUGAAAGGAUCAAGGAGACCAAUGGGGAAACAAUUUCCUAGCACCUGGGAAGGAGAUGCUGGUGGCUUCUAUUAGAGAGUGAGCAGUAGAAGUGGUUGGAGCCAAUUUGAAGGAAACACCCUCAGCAUAUUCCAAAGAACUAACUGAGCGAACAGGACGAGGACAUCAAGAAAUCUUUAAGCAAGAAGAACUUUAGAAGUUAGGACAGGAAGAAGUAUAAUGGCUUUCCAAAUCCUGGAGAACCUAGAGAUGGAGAUGACCUGUCCCAUCUGCCUAAAGCUGCUGACAGAACCCUUGAGUCUAGGCUGUGGUCACAGGCUUUGCAAAGCCUGCAUCACUGUGGACAACCAGGAGGCAGCAGUUGGCUCAGGAAAGGAGAGCAGCUGUCCUGUGUGUGGUGUCAGGUACCCACUCGGCAACCUGUGGGCUAAUCGCCACCUGGCUGACAUAGUGGAGAAAUUCAGGGAUGCAAAGCUGACCACAGGCAUUGGGAAGAAGAGAGAUUUCUGUGCACUCCAUGGAGAGAAACUCCAACUCUUCUGUGAGGAGGAUCGAAAGGUCAUUUGCUGGCUUUGCGAGUGUUCUGGGGAACACCCUGGUCACCACACGCUCCUCAUGGAGAAGGUAGCCAAAGAGUGUCAGGAGAAACUCCAGGCUGCUCUCAGGAGGCUGAGGAAAGAGCAACAAGAAGCUGAGAAGUUGCAAGCUGACAUCAGAGAAGACAGAAUUUCUUGGAAGUAUCAGAUACAGACUGAGAGACAAAGAAUACAGACAGAAUUUGAUCAGCUUAGAAGAAUCCUGGACAAUGAGGAACAGAGAGAACUGCAAAGAUUGGAGGAGGAAGAAAAGAAGACACUGGAUCAUUUGGCACAGGCUGAGGAUGAGCUAGUUCAGCAGAGCCAGGUGGUAAAAGAGCUCAUCUCAGAUCUGGAGCUUCGGAGUCAGUGGUCAGCAGUGGAACUGCUGCAGGACAUGAGUGGAAUUAUGAAAUGGAGUGAGAUCUGGACACUGAAGAAGCCAAAAACUCCUUCCAAGAAGCUGAAGAGUGUAUUUCACGCCCCAGACCUGAGCAGGAUGCUGUGGAUGUUUAGAGAGUUAAAAGAUGUUCAAGGCUACUGGGUGGACUUUACACUGAAUCCAGUGAACCUAAAUUUGAAUCUUGUCCUUUCGGAAGAUCACAGACAAGUGAGACCUGUUCCAAUUUGGCCAUUUAAAUGUUAUAAUUAUGGUAUUUUAGGCUCCCAGUAUUUCUCCUCAGAGAAACAUUAUUGGGAAAUAGACAUAUCCAACAAGACUGCCUGGAUCCUGGGAGUAUACUGUAGAAAACGUUCUAAAAAGUUUGGCGUUAGUCAAAGCACAACCCAUUCAAAUAAUUACUCUAGAUACAGACCUCGGUAUGGCUACUGGGUUAUAGGGCUACAGAAGAAAUUUGAGUAUUACGCCUUUGAUGAAACGUCUACCUUUGAUCCUAAGAUUUUGACCCUCUCUGUGGCUAUUCCUCUUCAUCGAGUUGGGAUUUUCCUCAACUUUGAAGCAGGCACUGUCUCAUUUUUCAACAUCACAAACCAUGGGUCACUCAUCUACACAUUCUGUAAAUGUUCCUAUUCUUGGCCCGUUUAUCCAUAUUUCAAUCCUUGGAACUGUCCAGCUCCCUUGACUUUGUGCCCACCAAGCUCCUGAAUGUUCUCAUUCCUUCAUCUACUUGGAGUACUCCUGUCUUAAGCCUCGUCUCUGGUGUCAGAGCACAUCUGUACUAUUCAGACCACCUCUUCCUUGUGGUUUCCCUUCUGUACUUCGGAGCUUUUACUCUUCCUUGAGAUGUCCAGAGUAUUUUGCUUGAAUUAGAAGAGAAGCAUAUUUACUCUUCUUCAUGGUCUCAGACAUCAAUCCCUCCCAAAGUUGUGUCUGUAUUGGUGUAACAUCACAGUUCUCCAUAUUUCUCUUGAUCCCUGAUCUGAAGAUACUUGGCAAAGCCUAUUAGCUUUAUUACCUAUCAGUAUUAUUUAGGAUAGUCCAUAGGAAUCUCCCUCAUGAACUCCACCACGACAACUUAAGAGUCUUUGAACAAAUAUCAGUUUAUGAUAUCCCAGGUUCAUCUGGGCAUCCAGGAAAAGAAAACAAACAUAAGCAGUGGACAUACCCAGAGUUAUAUCCAGAGUAUUUCAGUUCAAAUCCUGUCUCUUCUUUCAUAAACCGUGUGAAGUUCUAGUCAUGGAUAAAUUCUGAGUUUGUUUUUUCUAAAAUACAAAUUGAGAUUUACAAUUGCACCUAACAAGUUCAUUGUGAGGAACCAAAUGUCAGAAGACGUAAAAUAUCUAUUUAAAGUAUUCAGUACGUACUAAUAAAUAAUUACAUUUGUGAGUACUGGAAAUGAUAUGCUAGAUUAUUGUCCUAUGCAACAGUUUUGUGCCUUCAUAAUAAUAAUGUUUCUACUGAAGUUUCAUUUUUCAAGUUUUAGAUUCUGCUGUCAAGACUACUCUAUUUAAAUUUUGUUUUAUACAACUUUUUAUACUGAGGCUGGUACUGUUUUUAAAGCCUUUUAUGAUGAAUGGGUCAGAAAACUCUGAAAGAAUGAGUUUCCAUAAUCUGUCCAAUAUAAGAAGCCAUUUCUAGGAACAGCUGUUAUAAGGGACAGUCUUCUAGUGGUCAGGACAUUUUUUGAACGACUACUUUAGUUACCAGCCCAUGCACUUUUCUUUUCUUUUUUAAAAAAACAAUUUUUAAAAAAUGAACUCAGGAGAACAAAGGCAUCAACUAUUCUUCGAGAAUUAUACUUUAUAAAUUAGAGAAAGUAUGCUUUAUAAAUUUUUAUAGAGCCCAACCAGAAUGAAAAAGAACAUGCUUGACCUGGGACUUGUACAUAAUGGUAUAUAUAUAUAUGUACUCAUACACCCAACACACGUAGAACUGUAAUAGUCAUUUACAUAAAGAUAUUUACAUACAGUUUCUUUAUCUCAGUUAAUUUUCAAAAAUAUCAUAAGAAAAAGGAAUUUCUGUCAGGCAGUUAAAAAGAAUAUAGAAGCUGGGUGUGGUGGUGCACACCUCUAACCCCAGCACUCGGGAAGCAGAGACAGGAGGAGGCAAGUUUGAACCUAGCUUGGGCUACAUAGGGAGCUGAAGUGCAUAGUGAGGCCCUGUCUCAAAAAAAAGAAUGCACCAUCACAGGUGGUGAUGUAUGCUUGCAAUCCUAGCACUCAGGGGCCCAAGGCAAGAGGAUGGUGAGUUCAGACCCGCCUGGGCUUAAUGAGACCCUACCUCAAAAAAAGAAAAAAAAAAAAGAAAGAAGGAAGAAGGAAGGAAGAUAUAAGCCUAUUAGAUAUUACCCCAAUGUCUCAGGGCUAAAAAGUUGAAGGAAACAGGAUGAGAAGUGGUUCUGUCAACUCUCCCAGACCGUUGAGGAGCGACAUUGUUAUAUUAAUGAAAUUCUGUCUGAUUUCAAAGGUCGAGGUCAUAACCAUCCAGUCUAUACCAGUGGUGCCAAAUCUAUGGCACAUGUGCGGCAGCAGGCUAUUUAUAUCUUUGAAAGCUCUAAAAGGUCUAUACUCAUCAUGUCACCUGCAAGUACAUCAGGAAUGCAGUAUUCACUGCACUGUAUGCACUGUAUGUAAAUUACCUGCUACUGAUUCAUUAAUGGCUACAGGGACUGAGCUUUUCAAAGGACAUGUCCUGGGACCUAAGAUUUUUUUCUAUGAUCUACCAGUAUCCUUCUGCAAACCAGCAUCUCCUUGCUAUCCUUCCCCACAUCCUAAGGAACCUGGGUCACGUCUUCCCUCUGGAUGUGUACUAUAGAGGUGAAGACUGUCCCGGAGAGUGUUUAUGGAGUGAAGCCCCAGCAGAUCCAAGACAAAUUUAUCCUCUUUGAAGAAGACACACUGAGUGGACACUGAAGAAGAAAUUGAAAUGAGAUUGAUUUGGUGAAAUUUUAUGUAACAUGUGAAGACAAAGAUAAAUCUGUUAAGUUUGAGAUGUAAGCAUUUUGCCCAUGUAUGAAGUAUAGGUAAGAGAGAAAGAGGGGAAAGAAAAUCUUCAUUUGUGGAAAAUCAAGGGUUUUCUUUAGGUAGUUAUGUCACCCUUUUUGUGAGAAAGAUGAUGGGUUCCGAAAAGCACCAAUGCUAAUAUUUUUAUUCAUCUUACUAAAUUUGAUGAUAUUUCAAGGAUAAAUACUUCCUGACAUGCAGCUCACCAUUAAGGUUUUUUUUAAAUUUUUUUCAGCUUUUGAAUUAAAACCAAAGCCUUGGGCUGGGAAUUUAGCUCAGUGGCACUUGCCUCAUCUUAAGUAGCUAUCCAUUCUCUCUACUAUAAUUAUCAGUCUUACAGCUUCAUGGUUCUUUAGUACAGAUGCUAUAUACAUCAUUAAUGUCUCUUCUCGAGUCUUCUAAUUGCUGUAUUUUUCUGUUAUGCACUUCAGAUUACAUGGAGUUGCUUAUUUUUGUACCUAUGUACUUCGAUUGCAUAUUGCAGGAAAAGUCAAACUUGUUUCUUUUUUACAACUCCUUGAUUUUAUUGUAGGAACAUUAAUAUAUUUAAUUAAAAAUAAUUAUGAAAGACUAAUAUUAGCUAAUUUGGCUCAGAGAUGAAAAGACAGGAACUUAUAAAGAUUACAGAAAGAUAAUUAAUAGAUGUAGGAUCUAAGCCUAGUUCUGUAUGAUUUUGAACUCUGAACUCUAAGAACACUUCCUAGGAAUCUACUAAAACAAAUGGCUUAUAAAUUCCUCCAAGUUAAUUUCUUUAAAGCUGACCUGAAAGUCGCUGCCCUCAUUUUAAAAAGCUUUGUCAGUCAGGUGCCUGAAAUUCCAACAAUUUGGGAGACAGAGGCAUGACCACCCUAGUUUAAGACCAGCCUGGGUAAGACAGCAAGAUCCUGUCUCAAAAUAAAAAAAAAUAAAAAGGACUGGGGAGUUAGCUCAGUGGCAGAUCACUCCUGCAUUCAAAUCACGUUGCUCCUCACAGAAGUUCUUUUUCUCUUAUGUCUUCCUUUGUGGUAAAUGGCACCAUGAAAAAAACAUGAAUGUCAACCCCAAAAGCUGUGGGUUACAUUUCAUUCCUUCUAUACUACCUACCAACAAAAUUAGCUCCACAUUUGAAUUGGAUAUUUAAGUUUGAGAUUAUCUUAUGUCAUUCCAGGAGAUAUACAGAGCUUUGUAAUGUGACAUUGAGCAUUGAAAGAGCCAUUACCUGUCCCUCAGAGUAUUUCAAAGUGUGCUUUUUGAAGGAGUUCCAACUUUGCCCCUUCCAGUUAAUUCAUUCUCUCUGUAAAAGCAGUGAGGAUUUUACAGUUCACAUAUGAUUGUGUCACUUUGCACCUUGUAACUCUUCAAUGAUUCCCUUGUCUUCAGGAUUAUGUAUAAAAAUUAUCCUUUUAAAAGAUCAUUGUGGGGAAUAAAGGGUUAAAUGAAAAAGGAAACUUCUUGUGAAACUGUCUUACAUGUUAUUAAUAUCACUUAACUUAGAUUUCUUUUUACACUUCAUUUGCACUUUCCUGACUCCUUUGAACAAGUAAUUUCAGUAGAGAUGUUUCUCUUUUGUGUUGUCACACUUAGCAUCGUGUUAUUUCAUGCAAAAUAAAAUUUGUCAUAGGUAUGGUGUUUGAGGGUGGAAUUGGGUGGGAACCAUCCACACUCCUCUUUGGAAACUGACCCAGGAAAAUAAAAUUGCCUAAAAUAUCCAUCGGAAAUAAAGCCUUACAUUCAGUCAUGAGGAACACAUUAAGUUAUGUGUAAGAAAAUAAUAAAUUUGGCAUUCUGAUAUGU